UUCCGCAAAGGCAAGGCGAGGUGCAGUAGCAACAGUGGUCUGGCUGAUGAGGCAACGUCGGGCCUACCCUCCGACGAAGUGCCGCACAUCAUCUAAGGCAAGGAAAUCCGCGAACCAACAUCCCAGCGAGUGCUUCCACAAUCGAGUCGGCGCGAGAAAUCGGCUGCGUGAGACAGGGCGGGAUGUGCAGCUACGACUCCGGGACAGGUCCAACGAUUCGGCCACGCCCGCAGGACAGAGCGUGCGGGCUGUGCAAACGCGGAGCUGCGCAGAGCACGCUAUGCUGUGCGACACCAUUCGUGCACAUAUCAAGGGACCAGGCAGCAUGAUGCACAGAGUUCUAACAACUCGCAUGAUGCACAGAAAUCGAACAACUCCACCGACACCAUACAGCACAACCGCAUAUGCCGCCUCGUCGCUUCCCGAGGCGGCACCCGGGACGGAGGCCUAGACACUGCGGCAGGCCGAGCAUGCCCAGAGGAUAAAAUGCUAUCAUCGCUGAGUUCCUCGCAGUCGCACUGCUCAACGUGCGCGGAACCUUCCGCAUCCACAGGCGAUGCGGGGAAGAAACUGGGGGAGGUGGAGGAAGAGAAGAGAAGAUGAAGGCAUGAUCCUUGCAAGGCUGGACCGUAUGUGCCCUGCUCUCUCCCAUGCCCUGUAUCCUUGGCCUCGCACGCUGUUUCGCUCUGCCGCAGGUUCGAACCAGGUCCUUCUGGCUGACCUCCCGAAGUCCUCUGGGACCUGCUGACAGUCCUGGCCGGGCAGCUCCCGCAAGCAAACACCAAAGAAGGCCCCAGAGGGCCCCAGAAGAGGCCCAAGGCAGCACUCUACUGCGAACCCCUGUGCGCAUCCAGUCGUCGGCGAUCAGAGUAUGUACCACCAGCUCUCUGGGCUCAGGUGGUCCAGAGCGCUUCGUCUUCCAACCCCCUUCUUCCCCUACGGGGGUGGGGGUAUCAUAUACAACCCACAUCCGCAACAGUGCGCUUGAGGCACGAGUUGGAGUGUCCUCAGGUCCUUGGGCAUAAUCCAUUAAGUCUCAGUCCUCAAUCCGACAUUUU